AUGGCGACAAAGCUCUGCCGAAGCAGAGCUCUCGCCUCAGCCCUGCGACCUGCGAAACCCUCGUUGCUGUCCCGUACCGAGCAAGUCGCCGUUCGAUGCAUCUCUGCGACCGCUCGUCAAAAUGUCAAUAUGCCUAAGGACGCUCCGAAUAUGAGGCAUGCGCCUCGAGAACACCCCAAGGAACUUAAGGCACCUAUUGUCAACCCUACAGACAAGUACUCUACUAAAGCCGACGACCUCCACCGGUACGGAGCUUGGCUUAUGGGCUGCUUGCCCAAGUACAUCCAGCAGUUUUCCGUCUGGAAGGAUGAGCUAGUUAUAUAUAUCCCUCCCGCCGGCGUCAUACCGGUCUUCUCAUUCCUCAAGUACAACACGGCUGCCGAAUUCACUCAGAUGAGCACCGUUACGGCUGUCGACUUCCCGACUAGGGACCAACGGUUCGAGAUUAUCUACAACGUACUAAGCGUAAGACACAACGCACGAAUCCGAGUCAAGACGUACGCCGACGAGGCGACGCCGGUGCCGAGUGUCACCCCUCUAUACGACGGCGCCAACUGGUACGAGCGAGAAGUCUACGACAUGUUUGGCGUCUUCUUCCUCAACCACCCGGAUCUACGCCGAAUCAUGACCGACUACGGUUUCGAAGGUCACCCCCUACGGAAGGAUUUCCCCCUGACAGGAUACACCGAGAUCCGAUACGACGAAGAGAAGAAGCGCAUCGUCACCGAGCCGUUAGAGCUGACGCAAGCAUUCCGUAACUUCGAGGGAGGCUCAACAGCCUGGGAGCCAGUUGGUCCUGGUGACAACCGCACGCCCGAGACCUUCAAACUACCCACACCUAAGCCCGAAGAGAAGAAAGAGGAGCCUAAGAAAUAG